AACCACAUCAUCCCUUUCCGCCACUCCUCCGUAGACCAGCCCUCCCUCCCUCCAUCUCGCACCACUCGUCGCCGGAGCACGACCCGCGGCUCGGAGCUCACCUGCGGACUCCCAGCGAUACGAUUUCGGCGCGUCCUUUCCCUUUGGUGGUCCUCUAUCGUCGGCGCGGGAGCACACCAUGACGUCAGGGUACCAGGUAGCAACUGAAGGAAGGUUUGGGUCGUGAGGAAGAAGAGCAGAAAGCAAGGAAAGGAAGAGGAAGAGGAGGAUUCUCCGCGAUCCUCGUUGAACACCUUUCGGGCUCGGGAUGGUGAGAAUGAGGAUGACGAUGAUGUUGGAGGAGGGCUGGCUACUGAUGUUGCUGCUGGCGCUGCUCGCCAUUGCGGGAGGCAGCCUUGGGGCCGACACGGAAGAGCGCUUGGUGGAACAUCUCCUGAAUCCCGCCCAUUAUAACAAGCUGAUCCGUCCCGCCACCAAUGGCUCUGAGCUGGUGACUGUGCAGCUCAUGGUGUCGUUGGCUCAGCUCAUCAGCGUGCAUGAACGAGAGCAGGUGAUGACCACAAAUGUCUGGCUGACACAGGAGUGGCAGGACUACCGCCUGACUUGGGUCCCAGAGGAGUUUGAUGGCAUGAUGAAGGUCAGGCUACCCUCCAAACACAUCUGGCUGCCUGAUGUGGUGCUCUACAACAAUGCCGAUGGUGUGUAUGAAGUGUCGUUUUACUCCAACGCGGUGGUCUCCUACGACGGCAGCAUCUUCUGGUUACCACCCGCCAUCUACAAAUCAGCCUGCAAGAUCGAGGUCAAACAUUUCCCCUUCGAUCAGCAGAACUGUACACUGCGCUUCCGUUCGUGGACCUAUGACCGCACCGAGAUUGACUUGGUGCUACGCGCUGACGUCGCCAGCAUGGACGACUUCACGCCAAGUGGCGAGUGGGACAUCAUUGCCCUUCCGGGUCGACGGAAUGAAAACCCAGCAGAUCCGGCUUACGUGGACAUCACGUACGACUUCAUCAUUCGCCGCAAGCCCCUGUUUUACACCAUCAACCUCAUCAUCCCGUGCGUGCUCAUCACCUCGCUGGCCAUCCUUGUCUUCUACCUGCCGUCUGAUUGCGGUGAGAAGAUGACGCUGUGCAUUUCUGUGCUCCUGGCACUCACUGUCUUCCUGCUGCUGAUCUCCAAGAUUGUGCCACCCACGUCGUUGGAUGUCCCUCUUGUGGGAAAAUACCUGAUGUUCACCAUGGUCUUGGUCACCUUCUCCAUCGUCACUAGCGUGUGCGUGCUCAACGUGCACCACCGAUCGCCCACCACACACACCAUGCCCCCGUGGGUCAAGGUGGUCUUUCUCAACAAGUUGCCCGCCUUGCUCUUUAUGCGCCAGCCCAGGAAUAGCUGCGAGAGGCAGCGGCUGCGCCAGAGACGGAGAGCCCAGGAGCAGAAGGAAGGCGGGCGCAGCGGGGAGGCGGGGGCCCUGAUGGUGGGACUGGGCUUGAGCAGUGGCACAGGAGGGACUUCAACAGCAGUAUUUGCCAAAGAGGAUGGCGAUCCUUGUACCUGCUACGUGAACAGAGCAUCGGUCAAACAGUUUGGAGGUGAUCUGGCAAGUACAGGAGGAGGUUCCAUGGAUGGUCUGAACAGGGUGAGAGAGAAUCGGGAGGGGGGCUCUGGGAACCGAGGGAAGCAAGCCCCAGGGGGUCAGGCUCUGACUCAGGCCAUCCUGGCUCAAGCCUGUCCAGGCUUUGAGGAGGCUGUGGAAGGAGUGCGCUUCAUCGCCAACCACAUGAAGAGUGAGGAUGAUGACCAGAGUGUGAGCGAGGACUGGAAGUAUGUCGCCAUGGUGAUCGACCGCCUCUUCCUGUGGAUUUUUGUGUUUGUGUGUGUGUUUGGCACCAUGGGUAUGUUCUUGCAGCCCCUCUUCCAGAAUUACACAGCCAAAACCAUACACAUGCCAGGCUGACCGUCCACUAGUCGCCAACACGCUGAUGGGAGACAGCGCCCCGCCAGCCACAGGUGGGAGGAGGUCUUUCCAGAUCUGUGGGACAGGAAGUAAACAGCAAACUUGGUCCCUUUCUAGAAACAUUUUUCGCAACAUGAUAAUUAUUUUCUUGUAUGAGGAAGGCAAACGACUUUAACCUUUCCGGGCUGAUUCUCCCUGCUCGCCGUCAGUCCUCGCCACUGCACUGCGACCGUUCCAUCGGUUCGUGCCCCCCACCCGCCUAGGUAGGCUGCUGUCAGGUCACAAGUGGACAGAAGGUUCCAAGUGUAUCACGGUUCUUCUACAUUUUUAUUUUGUCCGCCAUGAAACGACACAGAUGUUCCUUGAGUGCAAUAGUAAGGACUGAUUGUGACUGAUUUAGUCGAAGUAAUGUGAAGACAAAUAUCAGAUUAUAUAAAAAAGAGAACUGGAAGAAAAUGUACUUGAAGGAUGAGAGAGGAAGUCUGAACAAUGGAACUGAGCUUUUAUCAAUAUUUAAAGUUAGGUCCACCAAUGCUGAAUUCCCUUCAUUGAUGUAAUGUCAGUCAUUUUCUUUCCUUGAGUCUUUCUUUCAGUUUUCCUAAUCUGUUCUAAUCAGCAUUUUUCAUCUCUCUUUCCUUCAGCUUCCAUCCUUUCUUGACAUAUCUCCUCUGCUAGCCAUUUUCCUCCAUUUUUUUUGCCUCCGUUUUCAUAGCCUCUUUUCCCCACCUCGUUUUCCUCAGCCCACCACCCCUCCCCACCCUUUCCUCUUUUCCUCAUUCUCUGUAUGUAAACCCAUGUCAUUCCAAGACAUUACCACAUCUUCCUGACAAUACAAUGCCAUAUGCUUACCCUCACUUCCUCUACUAAUCAACUUUGAUAUCCUGUUUCUAAACCUACCCCUUUUUAUUCAAAGCUAAAAGAACAACGUUUCAUCUCUGGAAUGCCUAUUCUGUUGGAGAUACACAUGACUCGCCCGUCCUGCAGCAGAUGAGCGAAUGCUUCCCCCCACACCACUUUUUUUUCCUUCAGGCACAUGCUGUAGGGGAGGAAGUGCAGCUGAAUGAAUUUUUCAAUAAACAAGAGCGAAAUGACAAGAGGAUCAACUCUAGCGAAUGAGUCACAGCAGCUUAAAAGAUUCACAAACAAGAAGCAAGAAUGAGGCUGAAUGACACUGAAUUAUAUACAUUACAUAGCUACAGUAUAACGCUGUUAUGUAGGCCCCUUGCAAGAGCACAAGUCAGCUUUUCACACAGGACUUGUAUUGCUGAUGUGGAGCCAAAGGUCACUAAAUCAUAUUAAGAUGUGAGUUUUGACACUCUGGCAUACUUUGGUGGUUUAAACAAUUUCAAGACCAUCCUUCAAGCCAUGGCAAAGUCUCUCUUUGAGCUGUCUACUUUUUCCUUUUCGUCUCACUGAUGCUGCCAUGAUGAACCUCCCCACCCGCUCCCUUUUUCACCUUCCAAAAUCCUGCAUACCACCCUCCCUGACAAUGGCAGUCCAAUAAAGGUUGUAGGUUCAGAUUAUUUAAGCAAUGUGUCUCUGUGGUUUGUAACACACACGCAGGUAAACCCAUCAGUGCCGAAGAGCUACUUUCUUCAUCAUGCAUCCAUCAUUCAUCUGUUUUUCCAUAUUAUUUGUCCUCAUUAGAGUGGUGAGUUGACUGCCAUUGACGGCGAUAGACAUCCAAUUCAUUUGAAUUCCCUGCUAGCCCAACACACUUCUAAUGUAUUAGAUGCAGGGCUGAGAGUGGGCCGGAACUCCAUACCGCAUGAGUUUCUGGGCCGUAACGCCGUUCCGGCAUACGGUCCCUUGAUCCCGAAAAUAUGACGGCAACUGUCAAAACUUCAUGUUUAAAAAAAAACCUGCUAUGCUGCCACACACACAUCUCCAAAAAGAACAAUAUACAAACGUCAGAUUUACAUACACAAGUGUUAACAAAAAGCCUAAUAAGUGCUUGUGUAGCGUAAUCCGUUUCUACUGAUAGUUAUUAUUCAUUUAUUUAUUCUACGUUGUUCUUCCCAGCGUCUCGCUGUAUCUGACAAGUCGCAAAAAAAAAAAAAAACCUGCAUUCUGCUGGCCGUUCAAUGGCACACCGCAAGCAACACGUCACUUCCGCUCAUUAAUAUUCAGGACGUUAGCUACUGUUGCUAAAGGGGGACACGCUGCCGUUUGUCCCCAAUUGGAAAUGAAUGGAAAUUGUGUACGAAGGAGAUGUCUACAGAGCUAAACCUACCAAUUCUGUCCGAAAAUGAUGUCCCUUGUGCCAAAUUCACAGGUAAAGAUGUGGAAGAACAUAAAAAUGUUCAGUUAAAGAGAUGGCUUGAGUGUUGAGGGCUGAAAAAGACGAAAAAAACGAGCCGACAUAAGCAUAGCCUUAGCUUUUUUAUCGACACCUUUUUCUUACGCGACUGACAAUGACAUUCUCCUGUUUCAACAAGCUAUCCUUUACCACCAGCUCUGUUUUUCUUAUAUAUUACUGUAUAUCCUCUGGUUGGCCUACGUCGCUGAACGUUUUUGGGGGUAAUUUAUGUUGUUAGUUUUGUGUAGCGAUCGCAAAUGCUACUCAGUGACAGCCAACGAACACUUUUAAUUUUUCCAUUAAUAACAAAUCUUAAUUCGAUACUUUAUUUACACUUCCCCCUCACUAAAGUUUUUUUUUUUUUUUUUUUUUUUAACAACAGAAAAGGUAACAGUGACAGUCAGAUACCAUUUUAAUUCUUUUCAGGUCAUUCAUUGUCAGACAGAAGCAGCACGGCACAACGUCAUGCUAAAAAAAAAGUUAAAAAUAUCAAAAGGGCUUACCUCUUUCUCCUCCGAAAGACCAUGCCAACCCAACAAAAUGUUUACUGCAUAUGAAAUAUGAAUGGCUUCACCGAGCUGGCUUUAAACGUCCGCGCAAGUUGAUUCAUUCUUCACAUUUUUUGUUGGAGUUUUUGGUUUCGGGAAACGUAUGAAGAAAACAUCCUUCAUAUGUCGUAAUGUCUAGAGUUGUUUCUACCAGUUCCAAAAAAGCAAUGUGUGAUCGGCGUUCGUUUGUGAAAGAUUACCAGAGAAAAGUAGCUGAAAUAACAUUGUUUCUAUGCAAGGGCGGGUCUAUAACGUCCCACUUCCGCUUUACGAUGUGACGUCACGGUCUAAAAAUAGCAUUCGUGCGGUACGCUAUUGGCUUACAUACUGACAUGUGAUUAGCAUGGAUAGUUAGCUCUGAUUGGUUGAAAUGCAUGCUUUUUUCUUUUUAACAACAAAUAGAGGGAAAAAAAACAAGCUUGGUGAAUUAAAAAGGCAAGACGACAGAAAAUUAAUCAGCUCUUUAAGAGAAAGGAAAGAGUUUAUUUCAUAUUAUUUUCUUAGGGAGGUUCAGAACAUCUUCCAUGUUAAUGUGCACUUUGGACUUGUUUUUUUCAUGUAUGUAAGGCCACUUAUUUAUUUCCUUAUAAUUUAAAAAAAAAAGGUCAAUGUAUGCUUUAUCUUCAAAAUAUAUUCCAUUUCGCUGUGCAUAAUAUAAGUCAUUAGGGCCCGAGCACCAACUGACGUGAGAGCCCUAUUGGAAUGCAAAGGAUUAUCAUGAUUUUUUUUUUUUCAUUGCAAAUUAAAACGGCAUAUUUGGAGGCCUGAACAUGCUCAAAAACUCAGCAAAACUUGAACAAAAAUUCUCUUGCACCCAUAUUCCAAACCCAAUAGGAAAUCGGAUAUUUUUUGAUUGAAUGUGAAUUUUUAUCGAUUUACAGGGUGCAUAUGUGAGACAUUGGCACAUAGGGAGUAAGUCUGAUCCUCCUCAAAAUUGGUAAGACUGUUUAUGUGACAUAUGAGAUCUUAAGUUUUCAAAAUGGUGAGUUUUCAUUCAUGUGCCCGACCUAGGCGGGGUGCCAACGUGAGCUAUUUUUUAGCAACACGCCAAAUUCAGUAAAUAACUAAUAACUCCCUGAUACAAGGUUGAAUCUUUUUCAUAUCUGUCAUGUAUGUGAUGUAUCCCAGCCUGAACACGACUGCAAUGAAAUAUUACCCAUUAGGCCUGGCGCCCCCUGCUGGGAACAGGAAACAGCCUUUUUUACUAGACAGACUGCUCCUCCAAGGGAAAAAAUAAAAUCAGUGGACCUCAAACCUGCACCGGGGGAGCCUUAAGACAUGUGUUCAGGUUGGUUGGCCCCCCUCAUCUAAGCCACGGCCGUCUGUAACUUUUCUAUUGCCGAAGUAUUCCCUUACCAGCAAUUUCGUUUUCUUGGAUGGGGGAAAAAGUUCAAGAGUUUCACCUCCUCCAGCCAUCACAUAGCACACCUGACUCACUGACACUGAGCAACAACCGGUGGGGGUGGGUUGAGCCUAGCAGCUGCAAGCGAGGGAUUUCUCCAUACAUUUUUUGGAUAAAAAUUGCUAAUACCUUAGGGACGGUAUGACGGAAAGUUUUUGCGGUUUUGAAACCUUGACGUUUUCAUACCAUGGUAUACUUUGAAACCGGUAAUCAGCAUAUGUCUGCUCUCUGCUAAACUACUGUAAUCAGAAGUAUGUAUUAUUUAAAAUGCAGUGAUAACACAAAAUAUUUGUUUUGGAA